AUGCCAGAUCGUGCCGCUGCCGGCUCCAAUCUACCGAAAAAUUUAUCAUCAGCUAUUAAAAGGGCAGCAAUAUCGACCGCACGACAGGCUCAGCCUGAUGAAAAAUCAAGCCCUACUGGGACUGUUUUGCACGAAGAGGAUGAGACUGUUCAAGAAGGUGACGGAGCAGCGAGACUUGCUGAUGUGGAAAAAUAUACGGCCUUAUUUAAUGACAACGAUUUGCCGGAAUAUCCGAGAAACGCAACUCCUUCUUUAGAAGAUGCUGGAGAUGGCGAUGUUCUGGAGCAGCUUCCAGGCAUCAUCCGACGAACACCAAGGUUCUGA